AUGUCCGCAGUUGUUAACGUCCUUGGUAGUCACCACAUUUUCACUAUGCUGCUCGACAACAAAUUGGUACUUGCGCCGGUAGACAGGGACAUCCAGGUAAGAAACAAGCUGACGUCCGGAGUAACUGUACCAGAGACUAAUCAGUCGGCAGAGAGCCUUGAUGUCGGUACAGGAACGGGCAUCUGGGCGAUCGACUUUGCUGAAGAUUAUCCCUUCGCUGAAGUUAUUGGCACAGACCUGUCGCCCAUCCAGCCUAGUUUCGUGCCACCGAAUCUGCGAUUCGAGAUUGACGAUGCAACUGAAACCUGGGUUUACCCCGAGAACCAUUUCGAUCUGGUUCACGUGCGUUCUAUGUAUGGAGCAGUUGCGUUGCCGAUUGGCCUGGCCUUUACCAGAACGCUCUCAAGUGAUAUCGCCCGUCCUGGUGUCCUGGAAUACAAGGCUAACAAGACUUAG